GGGGGAAUGGCGGUGGGGAGGAGAGGCGGCUGGGCCUGGAAGCGGAGACUGGGGCAGAAGUGUGGGGGAGAGGUAACCACUGGCCCCAAAGAGCACACAGACGCUCUAUGUGGGGUCAGCUAGUUGUACAUAAGAACAUAAGAACAGCCCUGCUGGAUCAGGCCCAAGGCCCAUCUAGUCCAGCAUCCUGUUUCGCACAGUGGCCCACCAGAUGCCGCUGGAAGCCUGCAGGCAGGAGUUGUCGGAAUGCCCUCUCUCCUGCUGUUACUCCCUUGCAACUGGUACUCAGAGGCAUCCUGCCUUGGAGGCUGGAGGUGGCCUAUAGCCCUCCGACUAGUAGCCGUUGAUAGACCUCUUCUCCAUGAAGUUAUCCAAACCCGUCUUAAAGCCAUCCAGGUUGUUGGCUGUCACCACAACUUGUGGCAGAGAAUUCCACAAGUGGAUUAUUCGUUGUGUGAAAAAGUACUUCCGUUUGUUGGUCCUAGAUUUACCGGCAAUCAAUUUCAUGGGGUGACCUCUGGUUCUAGUGUUGUGUCAUUUGUAGAACUGGAAAAGGUGCAGAAGAGGAUAACUAAGAUGAUGAGGGGCACCUUCCUUAUGAAGCAAGAAUACAGCAUCUGGGGCUUUUUAGUAUGGAAAAGAGGUGACUACAGGGAGACAUGAUAGAGGUGUAUAAAAUUAUGCAUGGAGUAGAGAGAGUGGACAGAGAGAAAUUUCUCUCUCACAAUGCUAGAACUAGAGGUCAUACCAUGAAAGUGAUGGCCAGGAAAUUUGAUGGCCAGGACCAACAAAAGGAAGUACUUUUUCAUACAGCGCAUAAUUAAUUUAUGGAAUUCUCUGCCACAGGAUGUGGUGAUGGCCACUAGGUUGGGUGACUUUAAAAGGGCUCAUGUGUGUUUACCCCAGUUACCCCAGGGCUCAUGUGUACAGCCUCUCAAUACGGCAGCUUCCAAUGUUCCCACAUACAUAGCUACAAGGUCAUACUAAAAUGCUUCCCCUUCCCCUUUUCCAGUUAGGUUUCGAAUUGUCUCUCUGAAUGAAGAUUUCCAACCCUUGAAUGAGAAGUUUCCUUUGGUUUACAUCCAGGACCCCAGGAGGAACCGCUUGUUCCAGUGGCAAAAUGUGGAGCUUCUGGGGGGCCUCAAGGAGCUCUUCUUUCCUCUGUCCGCUGAGCCCCAACUGGGCCCCUACAAGGUGGUGCUAGAGAAAGCCCCUGGGAAGACGAUGGAAAAGUCCUUUGAAGUGGAUGAAUAUGGCAGAUGGGCAAGGCUGCUUCUCUCAGGUGGUGCAGACAAAGGUAUUUCAGCUGAUGAGCCUAGGUUAUAAGAGGAACAUCGAUGUGGAAGGCCAGAUCAAAGAAGAAGGCACAGGGGUGAAGUUGACAAGCACAGGUUCCACGGAGAUCACUGGAAUUCUCAGCAAAAUUACCUUUGAAAAGAGGGACACUUAUUUCAAGCCUGGGAUCCCCUUCUUUGGGCAGGUGAAGCUGGUGGAUGGCGCCGAAGUGCCAUUGGCUAACAAAACGAUCCAGAUUACCGCUUUUCAAACUAUCCCGGUACCGCGCUUCGAGUACAAGGCCAACUACACAACGGAUGCCAAGGGCAUAGUACAGUUUUCUAUAGAUACUUCCAACUUCACAGAACACUGGAAGUGGACUUUUUUCCUAGUGCAAGCAGAUUUUACAUUCCAAGGUUCACGUUAUGGAGCAGGCGGGAUCACUUUACACCACCAACGAGGAUUUCCCCUCAUAUCAAAUUUCUACUCACCAAGUCGAAGCUACCUUUAUAUCGAGCCUGUCCCUGGAACACUAAGCUGUGGGCAGACUCAGCCUGUUCGAGUGCACCAUGUCCUGAAUUCAGAUGUUCUGGAAGAGGAGAAGGUCACCUUUAACUAUUUGGUGAUGGCUAAGGGGAGAAUUGUGAAGACGGGGACCCACCCUCUGCUUCUGGAACACAAAAAAGACUCUUGAUUGGUUCCCCCACUUGGUGCACCCAGAUUCUCAUUGGCUCUUUAGGCUCCUCAUCACCAUAGCUAUUAGAAAUAUAAUAUUCUUUGUUGAUUAUGGCAACCUGGAUUCCAUCAACAAUCAAAUUCCCACUUUUUGACAGGGCUUGUUUGCUCCCCCAAUUCACUGCUGCCACCAGCCUGAAAAUUCCUCUUCUUCGUCUAAUACAGUACCAAGAACCAUAUACCAUUUUUGACAAGGCUUCAACGAAAGGGAUCUUCACAUACGUUCAAAGACCUAUAACCCCCAAUGAUUUAUCUGCUACCUUAUCUCCACAGACUCUCUUUGGAUAUACGGUGCCACGCUGUGCCUGCCUCUCUUGUUUGGAGGCCCCUUUCUUCAAGCAAAGUUAGCCUGCGUAUAGCCUCUGCUUGCAUUUUUCCAUAGCACACAGCAAAAAUGUUAGAUUUUCCAUGUAGUCCAGUUUCCAGUCCAUUGUUCCCUUUUAAGUCGGAGCUUCCAUAGUCCAGCAUAGUCCCAAAAUAUAGGCCAGAGUAACAGUGAGGGGCUUUACUCAAACACUUCCUUGUUGGGUUCAUAAUGAAAAUCACCUAUUACUCCCUUCCCAUUUACAAACACCUCCCCACUCCCUUUCCCACAUUCAGGUUUGCUGAGAGGCUUUUCAGAUGCCAAUACAAUGUAGAAUUUAGAGAGCUUCCACCCAAGUUUCUAGCACCACCUUCCUCACUGUACAGACCGUCUCGUAAGCUUCUGUGUUCCUUCCUAGUGCAAUUUAGCACUCUGGCCACACACUGUUCAUGGACUUAGCACAAUUUUCACAGCUCCACCUGCUGGCCAGUGCUUGGAUUCUGAGAAGAACAUGUCCCUCUUCAUUACUAAUUAAAAGUAAUAAUGAAAAGAGAUGGAUUUAAAUUGCAUGAGGUCCAUGUUCAACAUAUGGCCAGAGAGCUGAAUCAUGCUAGGAAUGAGCACAGAAACCUGCACAAGUGUCUAGUAGUUGUCAGUUUAUUAUGACCAGCACAUAAAAAGUAACAUGCAGAGAUUAUUAUCAUAGGCCUACCUAUACCCAAUGGGAGCAACAGCUCAAAUUGCACAUGCUACAUCAUAAUGAUAAUCAUAGUACUAAUAAUAGUAAUGCUGCACAAGUGUCUGGGCUGUGAGUGAGAUGGCAUUAAAAAAUGUACAGUUGCUCUCUAAAUCCCGCACUUUAUUACUGUUUAGAAAACUCCUUGGAUGUGGAGAAACCUGGUCUUAGGCCCAGGUUACUUAAAAGAGUGCCUUCUGUAUAAUCCCCACCACCCUUUGAAGUCACCUGGGAAGGUCUGCUUCCAGUUGCUGCCAACUUGUUUGGUUGUAGCUUGGAGUCAAGCCUUCUCUGCAGCCAUCCUGGACUUUGGAAUACAAUCCCUGCUGCAAUGUGCAGACUGGCCUCAUUGCUGGUGUUCAAGAGAUCCUUAGAGAUGGAGCUUUUUAAUCAGGCCUUUGGGCUUUUAAUGUAAUUGUUCUUAGUGUAAAGGGGUGGUUUGGGGUUUUUUUUAGCAAUUUUAGUGGUUUCAGUUGUUUUGUUGAUUUUAAACUUGUAAACCACCUUGAGAUUUAGGGAGUAUAAAAAUGUGAUGAACAAACAAGGAAAUCUGAUAAAUUUAUCUGAUGUGACCCACAAGAGCAUAAGGAGAGCUUUUCUGGAUCAGGGCCAAGGCCCAAUUAGUCCAGCGCUCUGUUCCCCAUGGUGUCCCACCAAAUGCCCCUGGGAAGCCCACAGGCAAGAGAUGAAGGCAUUCCUUGUCUCCUGCUGUUGCUCCCCUACAACUGGUAUUCCAGGGCUCAUGCCUCUGAGCACGGACAUAGCCAGAGAUACCCAAACUCCUUGGGAUAAACUCUGAAAUUUAUUAUCAGAUUUCAGUUUCUCCUUUGGAGGAACCCUGACAUUCUCCUUUGAAUUUUACUUGGGAGACAUUCCAGUUCCAAAGAGGUAGGCAGGAAGAAGAGAGUUCAGCACGACCACUCAGGAUUUUAGCUGUCUUCUCAGUUGGUAGUCAUGGGCAGAUUAAACUCAGCCAAAAGGAUCACACUGGAAUGAAUUCCCCAUCACCUUUCUCUUUCUGUGAAUUUCUUUA